AUGUCGAUAUUAAAUAAUUCAUAUGAACCUAUGGUCCAACAUAGUGGAUUGAUUGAAAGAUUGCCAACAGAAAUCUUGCAUCAAAUUUUCGAUUAUAUCGAUGCAGAAACAAUUUUAUUAUCGAUUCGACGUGUAUGCCGACAAUGGAUGGCAUGGACCAAUACAUACAAUCGAUACGGUCUUAAUUUGAACUCAAUAUCAAAACAGAAUUUCACUCUUAUUUGUCGUUUAAUACAGCCAGAAAAUGUCAUUUCAUUGACAUUUGCUGACAAUAAUCAACAAGCAGAUCAAAUUGAUUUAUUUCUAUCAUUGGUUGAUACACAACGGUUCACACGACUUCGUUCAUUAAUAUUUCUUGGUAUUGAUGACAUUAAAUUUCAUGCUUUUACCAAUAGUACCAAACUUGCUUCACUUCAGACUUUUGCAAUUAAAAUUUUAAAAUAUGAUCGACGUCGAUCGAAGACAAGCACUAAGAUUUUAACAAGAAUUUGUUCACAAGUUAAUAUUCGUAAACUUGAUUUGAAUGUUCCAAAUGUAUAUUGGAAAAAUUUGAAUUGGCCAACUCAUUGUUCAAUUAAAGAAUUAAAAGUUCAUCAAUCGAUAUUUUUUAAUUAUUUAUGUCAAAUAUUACAAUAUAGUUCACAAUUAGAAACAUUAAUUUUAUCCAUUAGUUUAUAUUAUUUGCUUUCAGGAGUCGUGCUGAAUUCGACUCUUACACCCUUAUUUAGACAAUUAACUUCAUUAACAUUUGAAUUCUGUGAUAUUGAUAUGAAUAGAGUAGAAUCGUUUGUUAAACUUAUGCCAUCACUCGUUCACUUCAAAAUAUCCAAUAGAAAUUGUGAUUCGAAUUUCCUUGAUGGUUCUCGUUGGGAACGAUUUAUCGAGAAAAACUUAUUGUAUUUGAAUAAAUUCGAAUUUUUCUUCAUCCACCGAUUUAACAAUCAAGUCUCUUCGAAUGAGAUGGAACGUGUAAUAACACCAUAUCGUUCACCUUUUUGGACAGAUACUAAAAAGUGGUUUGUUUUUAUUGAACAUGUCGUUCAUGAUCCAACAGUAAUUCGUUUAUUUACAACACCAAUCGAUCAACCAAAUUAUGAACACGAGAAAGAUCCACAAAAAACUUAUUUAUCAAAUAUAGUGGAAAAAGAGCGAAGCUAUAUGCUGAUCAUGGAUACGGUCAGUACAUUUAUAUUAGCACUCAAUGAAGAAUUAGCCAACUAUUUCAAACAAGAUGUAAGAAUAAUACUUACAUAA